UGAAGCAGCUUUACUUUCGCUGUAUUUGAAUUUCUUUGUUUUUUGAUUCCAUGGGUUUCUACAGUUACAACUCUUCUGCAUCUAUUUUGCAAUCUCUGCUGCUUAUGAAGAGAUUCUUGCUCCAAUUGGGGAUAAACGUGAUGUGGGUUUCUCUCUCUUUAAGCCCUUGAGAGUCUCUUGAAGCUUAGACCUCCUUAAGCACCCUCUUAUUGUUGAUCCAUGGAGCGCGCCAGACUUAAUAUGAGGGCUCGUUGUUCCGGUUCAACACCAUCAGAGGAAUCAGCUUUGGAUGUUGAGAACAAUGGCUGGAACAAUCCUAAUCUUCCUUUAAUAAGUGCUCCAACAAUUCAACCUUUUGCUUCGGCUGGACAGCAUUGUGAGAGCAAUGCUGCUUAUUUCUCAUGGCCAACCUCUAGUCGGCUAAAUGAUGCUGCUGAGGAGCGAGCAAACUACUUCGCUAAUCUACAAAAAGGGGUGCUACCCGAAACUCUAGGCCGUUUGCCGAAAGGGCAACAAGCAGCCACACUCCUGGAGCUUAUGACUAUAAGGGCAUUUCAUAGCAAGAUCUUGCGAUGUUACAGCCUUGGAACUGCAAUUGGGUUUCGGAUACGGCGAGGUGUGCUGACUGACAUACCAGCUAUUCUAGUUUUUGUAUCCAGAAAAGUUCACAAGCAAUGGCUGAGCCCCAUCCAAUGUCUACCCAAUGCUCUAGAGGGACCGGGAGGAGUAUGGUGUGACGUGGAUGUGGUGGAGUUCUCAUAUUUUGGGGCUCCUGAGCCAGCACCCAAAGAACAACUGUACACUGAGAUUGUGGAUGAUUUACGUGGGGGCAAUAUGCGGAUUGGUUCAGGAUCCCAGGUAGCAAGCCAGGAGACAUACGGAACAUUAGGUGCAAUAGUGAGGAGCAUAACUGGUAAUCGACAAGUUGGUUUUCUUACAAAUCGGCACGUCGCAGUUGACUUAGAUUAUCCAAAUCAGAAAAUGUUUCAUCCUUUGCCUCCGACACUUGGACCUGGGGUAUAUCUGGGUGCUGUGGAGAGAGCUACUUCAUUCAUUACGGAUGAUCUAUGGUAUGGCAUUUUUGCUGGAAUGAACCAAGAGACAUUCGUUAGAGCAGAUGGAGCAUUCAUCCCAUUUGCUGAUGAUUUUGACAUGUCCACAGUCACGACAUCUGUGGAAGGUGUAGGAGAGAUUGGUGAAGUCAAGAUCAUAGACUUGCAAUUUCCUAUCAACAGCCUUAUUGGGAAGCAAGUUAUGAAGGUUGGAAGAAGUUCUGGGUUGACUGCUGGAACUGUACUAGCCUAUGCCCUUGAGUACAAUGAUGAGAAAGGCAUAUGCUUCUUAACCGAUUUCCUCGUUGUUGGUGAGAAUCAACAAACAUUUGACCUUGAAGGAGAUAGCGGAAGCCUUAUCAUAAUGAAGGGAGAGAAUGGUGAGAAGCCACGGCCUAUUGGCAUCAUCUGGGGUGGUACUGCAAACAGAGGCCGACUUAAGUUGAAAGUUGGCCAGCCUCCAGAGAACUGGACUAGUGGCGUAGAUCUUGGGCGGCUACUCAAUCUUCUCGAACUUGAUCUCAUCACUACCAAUGAAGGGCUUAAAGCGGCAGUGCAAGAACAAAGAGCUGCCUCAGCAACGGCAAUUUGCUCUACAGUUGGGGACUCAUCACCUCUCGAUGGGAAUCCUCUGAAUGACAAAGCAGAAGACACGUUUGAGCCACUGGGUAUCCAAAUUGAGCACGUCCCGAUGGAUGCUGAACAAGUCAGCCAAGGAACAAACCCAUUGCUGUUGGGGACCGAGAUCCAUUUGGAAGAAGGGAUUAGGGCAGCUCCAAGCAUUGAACAUCAGUUCAUUCCAAGCUUCAGUGGACAAUCACCAGUGCAUCAAAACAAGCUAUCAGAUAAAGCAGUUUCUGAGAAUCUCGCAUCGCUAAGAAAUGGGGGCUGCGACGAUUACCCAAGUGUUUCUUUACACUUGGGCGAUAAGGAGGCCAAGGGGAGGCAUUUAGGUUCUUCAACCAGCUCUGCUGAAGAACCCAAAUGAAUGGUCUUUCUGGCUUCUUGAGCCAAUGCAGGAUACUGAUAGUAAGAGUUGAAACUUUUGUACUUAUAAUUAUGCAUAGUGCUUGCAAGAGUGAUUGCAUCCAAUUAGGUUUUCUUGUAAGGCUACUGGUGUACCAUGACAAUGUGUUGUUUUAAGAAUUUUUUAAGGUUUUGAGGGCACUGUGCAUGUGAAGCACACAAAGCGUUCGAUAAAA